AUGUCCGCCAAUGGUGAAACCAAGGCAGGUUCCCUAGGAUCAACAUGCCUUUGGCGAGAUUUACUACACCCAUCCUUGGAAGAGGGAAAGAAAAAACAUAACAAGAAACGGCUAGUUCAAAGUCCAAAUUCUUCUUUUAUGGAUGUAAAAUGUGCAGGUUGCUACAAGAUCACCACGGUGUUCAGCCACGCUCCGACGGCGGUUCUGUGCGUAGGCUGCUCAACAGUGUUGUGCCCGCCGACGGGAGGAAAGGCUAGGCUCACGGAAGGGUGUUCAUUUAGAAGAAAGCAGCACUAA